AUGAGGAAUCCAACUGAUCAGAGUAUGGCAGCUGAGAGUGAAGAAUAUAAGAGAUGGGAUUUUAUUUCAGGUCUGGAGGAAAACUUUCUCAAGCAAAAAUCAAAGAUGCAUUGGCUGGAAGUUGGAGAUAAAAAUAAUAAAGUUUUUCAUCGGGGAGCAACAAUUCGGGAAAUUGUUAACACAAUCAAGGAGAUACAGUGCACUGAUGGAGCAGUAGUGACUUCACCAGAUGGCAUUAAGACUGAGGCUGAACGACAUUUUCAAGAAUUUCUACAGCAUAAACCGGCAAACUAUGCUGGAAUUGAAGUAGAAGAACUUCAAACUCUCCUAUCAUAUCGAUGUUCUGAUCUGGAAAAGGAAAACCUGGUUAAAGAAGUUAAAUAUGAGGAGAUAAUGAAGAUAUUAUUUGUGAUGCCUAAUGAGAAGUCUCCUGGUCCAGACGGUUACACAGUCGAGUUUUAUAAGUCAGCUUGGUCGAUAAUUGGUGCAGAUUUUGUUAUGGCGAUACAGAGGUUUUUUGACAAGGGUUUCUUGCCAAAGGGGCUAAACACCACAAUCCUUGCUCUUAUUCCUAAAAUAACAGGAGCUAAAACGAUGAAGGAUUAUCGUCCCAUCUCCUGCUGCAAUGUUCUCUACAAAGUGAUCUCAAAGAUCAUUGCUAACAGUCUGAAGAAGCUUCUUCUGAACUUCAUUAGCCUCAACCAGUCUGCUUUUGUCCAGGAUAGACUUCUCAUUGAAAAUCUCCUCUUGGCAACAGAGCUUGUGAAAGAUUAUCAUAAGGAAUCAAUCUCUCGAAGAUGUGCGAUAAAGAUUGAUAUUUCAAAGGCUUUUGAUUCAGUGCAAUGGACGUUUCUCUUCAGCACACUAAAGGCUCUGGAUGGUAAUUCACGUUCAAUACAAAGCAUCCUAGACGUCUUUGGAAAUUUUGCGAACAUCUCAGGCCUGGUGAUGAGUGUGGAGAAAUCAACGAUUUAUUGUGGUGGUACGCAGGAGGAGAAUAGGCAGCUAAUAUGGAGGGUCACAUCUUCUCACUCCCUAUGGGCUCGGUGGGUUAAAGAAUAUCUACUCAAGGGAGAGACGUUCUGGGCAGUUCGUUCAAACUCAACGUUGGGAUCAUGGGUAUGGCGUAAACUUUUGAAGUACCGCGAUAAAGCGAAGGAGUUUCAUCACAUUGAAGUUAACAAUGGGCGUGGUACCUCAUUCUGGUUCGAUGAAUGGUCAGAUAUGGGUCACUUAUUUGAUAUUGUGGGAGCAAGGGGUUGUAUUGACAUGGGAAUCUCUCUAACCGCAACGGUGGAAUCUGCUAUGACUCGUCGUCCACGGCGACAUAGAUAUGAUCUCUAUGUUAUGAUUGAGGAAGCAAUGAAUAAACAGAGGAGAAAAAUGAACACUGGAGAAGAUGUUGUGGUAUGGAAACAUAAUCUGAAUACUUUCAAACCAAAGUUUGACACAAAGAACACUUGGCUGCUGAUUCGUGACUCAAAACCGGAAGUUAGCUGGUACUCUACUGUCUGGUUCCCUUCCUCCACCCCGAAAUAUAGUUUCAUGGUCUGGAUUGCGAUGCAUAAUCGGUUGUCCACUGGAGACAAAAUGCUCCUCUGGAACUCUGGAAUAAACCUUGGAUGUGUUCUAUGUCAACAUCAAUUGGAAACCAGAGAACAUUUGUUCUUUGAAUGUAGCUACUCCCUAGAGAUAUGGCAGAACCUGACUCGCAACAUCCUGCCUUCCAGAUUCUCCUCUCGGUGGCAAGAUAUCAACGAGUUACUGUCAGAUAAUACCCAACCGAUGCUACAGCUCUAUCUCCUGAGAUAUAGCUUUCAAGUGAUCCUCUACACAGUCUGGAGAGAACGAAACAAUCGUAGGCAUGGAGAUUCCCCAACACUGGCCUCUGUGAUGAUCAAGACUAUUGAUAGACAGAUUUGA